AUGGAGCCACCUCCCCCACCUCGAGAGCACUUCCCUUCCAUUGAUCGCGGCCCUGACGUUGAAAUUCUUGACGAUCAUCUUUUCGAAGAUAGAUUUAACGACCGAGUCGUCUACGAGGAAAGGCGCCCCAAUCCCAAACCGCGCCUGUCCACGUUGUCCAUUCAUGAUCAAGACCUAGACAGACCCCCCUCACGCAAGCAACGACCAGUAACCAUGGACGACUCCAAUGUCUCCCCUGAAUAUCUUUGUUUCAAAUUGGUCAAGAAAAGCGAGGACUGGAAUAGAGCGGUGAAAAACCCAAUCUCUAUGCCCAUCGAGCAAAUUGAAAAAAAGAUUCGCAAGGAUCGCAGCGGCGAUGCCUCUGUAAACGAACAACUCAAGCGCAUGUCAGAAUAUCGUCGCGCCCAAAUCGAAGACGUCAUCAAGAAAGCCAAUGAAGGAGAAGUUGGCGAUGACAGUUGGGACGUCGUUCACAUCAAGUCCAGAAAGGAGUUCAUCAGAGGCGGCGGAACGAGUGUCCCUGACAUGGAAGUCAUUCUUGCUCGAACUGUUAAGUCAUCAAGACCGCGCGCAAAAUCCACCACCCGCAAGAUUGUCGACGUCCGACGAGAGUCUCCAAUCAAGAAAGAGAAAAGGUUCGACGACGACACAUUCUCAUCUCCCCACAGAAAAGAGAAGCACUAUGACUCUGACAAGACCGAGCGCAUCGACCAUGGCCAUGGCCAUUCUCGAGUGGACUCCGGCUUGGCCAUGUUGUCCAACCCGCUGACUAACCCAGAUGUGUUCGAUCGAGAGGGUAGACCAAUGGGUGAGCAUGGACUAGUUGAGUUCACUCAUCUUCCACCACAAAUCCCAAGAGACAAGCCCUUGGGAGCCCCUUUGGAGACGAAGGCCGACAAGGAGGGAAAGAAGGCUGGCAAAAGUCCGAAGGGGGAAAAGUUGGCCGGUUUUGACGAUGACAUAGUUGUGCUACCCGAGGGUGAUUUGCUCGACACAGACCCUAUUGUCCUCGAUCCCGUUAUGGACACCGCCGACAAGCAUGACCAGCGUGGACGCCGUGGAAGUUCAGCCCAUCGACCUCAUGACCACCCAGAAGUCCUGUACGGCGAGCACAAAGGCUCUCAUUCUCAUUCUCGUCAACGAUCUCAUCAUCGCGGCCAAUCACGCCCCGCAUCAUUUCAUCAGAGUAACAGAUCUCUACAUGACGGCGACCUAGUCCACUUCCCCAACCACCGAACCCGACAAUACCUCGACGCUGGUAGCAUCUCAUCAGGAGCCAGCGAUUCCAGCCACUAUGGCUACCCAGACUACGACCUUGAAAGCUCCAACACCUCCCUAGGAACGCAUGGAGUCCCUCGUCGUGGUAGCCUAGUCCAUCAACACUCCCGUCCCGACGUAGUCUACAAACAACACCGACCCGGCCCAAGCCACCCCGGCCCAUCACCAUCCCGCCCCCUCCGACGAGCAUCCUACUCCAGCUCCAAACCCGUCUACUACGAAGACAUCCGCUUCAGUCAACCCAUCCGGGCCAGCUAUCGCGAACAACCCAUCAUUUAUGAAGAACGACCGGUUCAACUCCGAUAUGAACGCGCCCGUGGCGGGGAACGGCCACGCAUCCUCCGCCAAGCCACCCUCCCCGUCACCAUUAUCCCGGAAGACCGACAAAUCAUGUACAACCCCACUGCCACGACCUCGCCUCGCGAUAGCCACAGCACUCGUGGAAGCGUCCGCGACGUCAUCCCCACCAGUAGUAAUCGUCGCUACAGCUCAGCAUCAACUUCUGGCUUACCUCCACUUGAACGCCGUACGACUGCACCGGCACCGAUUGUUGUACAAUAUCCACAUGAAUUGGACGACGAUUUGUAUCAUCGUGAGAGUCUGGAUCGGCAAAGUGGAAGUAUUGAAAAUUACCAACGCGAACGUAUCAAAGAGGAGUAUAUUAAGGAAAGAGAGGAGCAGGUUCAUCAGAGAGAAAGGGAAUUGGAUUUGAGAGAGGCGGAGAUGAGAUCGUUAGGACGGGGUCGUGCUGUGACGGUGGUGGAGGGUGGCAAUGGGAAUCUGCAUGGACAUGGAAAUGGUUUUGGUCGUUCGAGGUUAAGAACAGAUCCUAGGACGGGAGAUCUUUAUUAUGAGGAUUUGGGGAGAUGACUUGGAAUGGGAUGGGAUAGGGAUGAUAUCCCAUGACUGGCUUGGGUUGGAUUAAAAUGAAUACCCCUCGAAGAUAUACACGGCGUUGUCCCAU